AUGAGCAACCUCUCAGACUACAGCCUCCUGUCCUUUGACGUCUAUGGCACUCUUAUCGACUGGGAGACAGGCGUUCUGAACGGUCUCAAUCCGCUGCUCGAGGCCAACAGUGCCGAAUUCUCUCGAGAGCAUCUUUUGAAUGUUUACCAUCAGGCUGAGGCGGCCCAGCAAGACAAGACCCCCGAUCUAGCAUACUCUGAGCUUCUCACCACCAUCCAUCCUCAAAUUGCUGAGCGCCUUGGCCUCUCUACCACUAAAGAGCAAGACAAGGCUUUUGGCGAUUCUGUCGGGUCAUGGCCCGCCUUUCCCGACACCGUUGACGCCUUACGCCGCCUAGGCAAGCACUACAAGCUUGUCGUCCUCUCUAACGUCGACCGCGAGUCAUUUUCUGGCAGUAACUCGGGACCUCUACAAGGCGUUCCUUUUGAUCUCGUCAUUACUGCUCAGGACGUUGGCAGCUAUAAGCCUAGCCCGAGGAACUUUGAGUACAUGCUGCGCGAAGUUGAAUCCAAAUUUGGAAUCCCUAAAGAGAAGGUGCUGCAAACAGCGCAGAGUCAGUAUCAUGACCAUCAACCCGCGAAGAAGUUUGGCAUUAAGUCGAGUUGGAUCGAGAGGCCGGGAGCGACCAUGGGUAAUCGAGAAAACCCUGUCUACGACUGGAAGUUUGCUACGUUGGGCGAUAUGGCAGAUGCGUUGGAGAAGGAACUUGCCAACAAAUAG